AUGGAGCAAGAAGAUGACAUGAUUGUUGUUAUAAUUGGCGACGAAAAUGAGUACUCGUCUGUCAAAGAAAUUAAAACUGAAUUAAAAGAAAAUGAAAAUGAUGUAGAAGAACUUAUAGACACGGCAGAAACGUAUGGGGAAAUGGUAAAAUUUGAAGAAAUGUUUAUGAAGCAGGAGCCCCCUGAGCCGGAGUACAACUAUAAGUAUCUCGAUCAGCCAAUUAAAGUCGAGAUAAAAUUCGAAUGUGACGAUGAAGAUACUGAAUAUAUUCCAGAGGAAGAUGAAGACGAAGAUGACGAUGAGGACUAUGAAGAAGAAGACAAGGAGUUUGACAACAAGGGACGUAGAGAGAAACAGAGGCACAAAAUGGUUAAACCAUGGCAAAUAAAGUCUUUUGUUUCAGACCUAAAACAGAAGUAUCCCGAACUUCGAAAUGAUAAAAACAAUCUAAUCAAAACACUAGCAGAGAUCAUGAAAACUGUGAGGCCUCCUCCGCCUCCUCUAGAUUAUUAUAUGAUGAAUGACAUAAUGCUAGAAUGCAUACAUUGCCAUGCUAUGUCAGAAACUAUACCCGCUGCUGGGCGUCACUAUCAAGAGAAGCAUGGCCCUCGCUACCUGAUCUGCUAUGCUUGCGGAGUAGAUUUUAGGAGCACCACAAAUCUAUACAAGCACGAGAAGCGGUGUAACGCACCGGACGCGGACGUGGUGCUCAAAGCGCGCGCCCUUUGCCUCGGCCGGAACGGACAGAGGCGUCCAUAUCCACCUAUGCUGUCGUCCAAAACUUUGCAAAAAUAUUCCUGUGAUCAGUGUUCAGCCGAAUUCAUAUCGAAAACCAAUCUCAUGUCCCAUGAAUAUUUGCACAAUGGGAUCCGGCCCUUCCGUUGUCACUACUGUUCCUCAGCAUAUACAUCAAGGUCUGCACUCUCGCGUCACUUGAAAAAGCAUAGCAACGUCCAAUAUGUCUGCGAUCACUGUCAGCGCGCUUUCAAAAUUAAGGCGGCUUUGGUCAUGCAUAUGAAUACACACAACCCCGAGAAGCGCUUCGUUUGCGACGAAUGCGGCAAGCGUUACGCGCAAAAGUUCGCCCUCCAGCUUCACGUGGACAGUCGACACCGCAACCUGCCACCGCCCUGCGCCUGCCACAUAUGCCCCAAAAGGUUUCGUCGCACAUCAGUCCUCAAGGACCAUAUGAAAAAGGCGCAUGGCAUGGAGUUAAUAACUCGAAAGAUGUUUUUCAAAACCCUGCCAAAGUUAACAGAGAUGCAGAUUAAAAAUGCGAAAGUUGUGCUCAAGGGUGAAGAAGAAUUGCUUUUUGAUAGGCAAAUGUUUGACCAAGAUUAUGAAGGG